AUGGUAGCAAUCCGGCAAUCCAAAACCUUGCUGAAACGAUUAUUUUGCAACGGUUUUAAGUGUCGUUACAGUACCACCAAUGCUGAAAGGUUCAAAGAGUUUAUAGAACAACGCAGAAUGGAAGCACAUGCAAUUGCGCGGCCGAAUCCCGUGCUGAAGAAAAUCGACACUCCCGAGUUUCAUUCGAUUUUCACUCAGGAAUUGAAUGAUCUGAUAGCGCUAUUUAAACGGUACAACUUUGAAAUACGUGUAGCGGGAGGAGCUGUGCGAGAUAUCCUUAUGAACAUGAACCCGAAGGACGUUGAUAUUGCAACGACGGCUACGCCUACGGAAAUGAAAGAGAUGUUCACUAAGGAAAACAUUCGGAUGGUAAACAUGAACGGCGAGAAGCAUGGCACUAUCACUCCAAGGAUUAAUGAUAGGGAAAACUUUGAAAUAACUACUCUGCGCAUCGAUGCGGUUACCGAUGGACGCCAUGCGGAGGUCAUUCACACUACAGACUGGUUGCUGGAUGCAAACAGGAGGGAUUUGACCAUAAAUUCCAUGUUUCUCGGUUUCGAUGGCACAUUAUACGAUUACUUCUUUGGCUAUGAGGAUCUGCAAAAGCGGCGGGUUGCUUUCGUAGGAGAUCCUGAUAUGCGUAUCAAAGAGGACUAUCUUCGCAUUUUGCGUUAUUUUCGAUUCUACGGCCGUAUUGCUGAGAAAUCGAACUGCCACGACGAGGAAACGUUGCGCAUCAUAACAAAGAAUGCAUCCGGGCUUGGCAAAAUAAGUGGCGAACGUAUUUGGCAAGAGUGGAAAAAGAUAUUGAGCGGAAAUUUCGGGAUCGAGCUAACCGAAUCAAUGAUCGACUGCCAGCUGGCUGCUUAUAUGGGUCUUCCGGAUCCUCCGAAUGUGGAAGAGUUUUUGCGCGUUUCAAAGCAAGUGCGCGCUUUCGAUCCAAAGCUGCAACCCAUAACGGUUCUUUCCGCACUCUUAAACACACCCGAAGACGCCGUGAACCUUAAUCUGCGACUAAAGUUUACAGUCUAUGAAAGAGAGCUAUGCUACUUUUUAACUCAAAAUCGUGAAGAAACAGCCACAAUUGAAGAUUUGUUAACAUUUCAACAGCUUUGUCUACAAACGAUAAGCAGCGUGAAGCUAAAAAAGGAAUAUGUUCUAGAGUUGCUUAAAUAUCAUGGUAAGCGAGACCUUUAUCAACAACUGCUCGACUGGCCCAUCCCACAAUUCCCCGUCAAAGGUAAUGUGCUUAUCGCAAACGGUGCUCCAAAAGGGCCAAAGUUGGGUGUGGUGAUGGAUAAGUUAAAAAUCAUCUGGUCCAAUAAUCAGUACAAUAUGUCCCAGGAGGAAUUACUACAGCAUCUUCCGGCUGUGCUGGAGGAAGUUAACGCAAAGAAGAAGUAG